AAAGUUGUUAAGUUUUUGUGAGGUUAAGUCACGUUGUGGCUGUGUGCUGAUUUUUUUUCGUUUUCAAUUUAGGGAAUUAAUUCCGUGACACCGUACAAAAACCACAAAUUAGCCUCAUAAAAAAGUGUGGUGAAAAAAUUGAUUAGAAAAAUUAAUAAAAAGUUAAUUUAUUGUGCUGUGUUCAGAGAAUCUGUUCAUUUCCAUAUGAACAGGUUGGCAUCGCUAACAAAGCGGAAACUUUCUUCUCUUGGCCGGAAAUUUUCCAAAAAAAGAAAAUUAAAUAAAUCUACGAUGAAGCUAACUCCUGAGGCUGCCAUGAGCUACGAAGUUCCCGAGAAAUCAGUCUCUGACAAGAAAGAUUAUAGGAUCUUCUCACUGCCAAAUAAUCUGAAGGUUCUGCUGAUUUCGGACCCAUCGGCAAUAUCUUCUGAUUCAGAAUCCUCAGUUAAUACAUCUUCUCUCUCAUCGGAUGGGUAUGAUGGUGAAAGUACCUCAUCCUCGGAUUCAGACACAUUUUCCGGCGAUUCAGACGCUUCCUCAUCCUCAAGUGCCCCUGAUGAGCAGGAAAAAAUGGCCGCAGCAUCCCUGCUGGUUGAUGUCGGAUCAUUCAGUGAUCCUUCGGAUAUCAAUGGCUUGGCACAUUUCCUGGAACACAUGAUCUUCAUGGGAAGUAAGAAGUAUCCUGAGGAAAAUGAAUUUGAUAAAUUCAUAAGAAAGCACGGGGGAUCAGAUAAUGCCAGCACGGAUUGCGAGGAAACUGUUUACUACUUUGAGAUCCCUGAGAAGCACUUUGAGGGUGGUCUUGAUAUAUUUUCCCGGCUCUUUGCGGAACCUCUUCUCAAAAAAGAUUCAAUAACACGUGAAAGGGAAUCUGUUGAUUCAGAGUUCGUAACACGUAGCAAGGAUGACAAUGUGAGGCUUGAGCAGCUAAUCAGCUCCCAAGCAAACAAGGAGCAUCCCUGUCAUACCUUUGCUUGGGGCAAUCUUGAGACGUUGAAGAAUAAUAUUUCUGAUCAGCAACUCCACGAUAGGGUGGUUGAAUUUCAGAAGAGACACUACUCCGCACAUCGAAUGUACCUCGCCUUGCAAGCACGUUACCCUCUGGAUGAGCUGGAGCGAAUUGCGAGGAAGUACUUCUCAGAUAUUCCGUGCAAUAACCUUCCUGGGUCAGAUUUUUCCUGCUUCAACCACACCAAUGUCUUUCCAAUGACCUUCUUUGAGCGAAUCUACUACGUUAAACCCAUUGCAGCCAUGAAGAGAGUUGACAUAAAUUGGUGCCUGCCCUCCAUGGUUAGAGAAUUCAAAUGUAAGCCACAGGAACUCGUGAGUCAUUUCCUUGAGAGCGAGAAGAAGGGCAGCCUAUCUGCGUACUUGCGGAAGAAACUCUGGAUUUUGGAUUUAAUGGCUGAAAUUGAUGAAACUGAUGGGUUUUGCCACAACUCCCUCUUUUCCAUCUUCAGCAUUCACGUCUAUCUAACAGAUAAUGGCUACAAAAAUCUCACUGAAGUCCUCAGGACAAUUUUCUCCUACAUAAAGCUCCUUCAUGAGCAAGGAAAUUCCCAGAAGAUCUACGAAGAACUCCAAGCAAUAGACGAGGCGAAAUUUAAAUAUGCCAAUGAGAGUAAUCCCGUUGAUUAUGUUGAGGAAUUAGUGAUGAAUCUCAAGUACUAUCCAUCAAAGAAUGUUAUUAAUGGGAAUCGUUUGCUCUUUGAGUACAACCCGGAGAUGAUUCAGACCUUCCUUGAUCACAUUUACCACGAUCCCUGUAAUAUUAUGAUCUGGUGCAGUGACGACGAUACUCCGAAGGAUCAGAAGGAAAAAUGGUUUGGAACUGAAUACAGGGUUGAAGAUAUGCCCGAAGAAUGGAAGAUAAUGAGGAAAAAUGUGGAAAUUUUCCCCGAAUUUGACAUCAAUCAGACAAAUAAUUUCAUAACAACGGACUUUACAAUUCAUCAUCCUGUCACAAGUCCCAUGGACGCCCCUAAACCACCAAUUCGCAUUCGUUUUGACGAUCUCUGCGAGGUGUGGUACAGGGAAGAUACAAGAUUUGGUUUACCACGAGCUUUCGUCUAUUUCAACUUUUCCAGCCCAUUGCCCCUGAUGGAUGCCAAGAAUUCAGCCCUGAUGUACUAUUUUGUGCUAAUUCUCAAGUAUUUGCUCAUGGAAGAGCUCACCACUGCCUCUGAGGCUAAUCUCAUGUAUUCCAUAAUUCCCGGACAGAGGAGUUUCACCGUAAAGGUCAGUGGCUACAAUGAAAAGCUUCAUCUUGUUAUGGAUGCAAUUCUAAAGAAAAUGGUCAAUUUGGAGGUCACAGAAGAGUUAUUCGAGGCUCUCAAGACGAGACAAUUGGAGGAAUAUCACAAUAAUCUGAUCAAACCGAGAACACUCAAUGGAGACAUCCGGCUUUCAAUUGUGGAAAAGGCUUAUAUACCGCAAUAUGAAAAGUACAACGCUCUCAAGAAUAUAACUCUCACGGAUCUUCUUGAUUUUUCCAAGAUUUUCCUGAAGUUCCUGAAGAUUCAGGGUUUAAUUCAGGGCAAUAUGACUCAGGAGGAGGCAACAACGAUCACAGAAAAUGUUCUAAAUGUUGUAAAUAGUUCCCCAAUCACUGAUCUAUCUACAAUUGAAAAGAGAACUUAUCAAAUUCCUAUUGGGAAUCAUUGUGUUCGCGUUAAAAGCCUUAACAAAAAUGACGUCAAUAGUUUCAUUGUGAAUUUCUAUCAAAUUGAUCAGCCCUCUUUGGAAAAUUCCUGCUACGUAGAGCUUCUGGUUAAUCUUCUUGAGGAACCACUCUUCAAUCAACUCCGUACUGUUGAGCAAUUGGGCUACAUCGUGGACUGUGAUCUUCGUGAAAAUUGUGGUAUAGCCGGAUGGACAGUUGCUGUGAAUUCACAGGAGAGUCAAUUCACAACAGAGCAUGUAAUUGAGAGAAUUGAAAACUUCCAAAAGGAAUUCCUUAAAAUUCUUCAAGAUAUGUCCACGGAGGACUAUCACCACGCAAGGGAUUCCCUGAUUAAGACAAAACUCAUUCCCGACGUUCAACUAAAGGAUGAAGUUUUACGGAAUUGGGAUGAGAUUGUAACGGAGCAAUAUAUAUUUGAUCGAAUUGCGAAAGAAGUAGAAAUUUUAGGGAAUAUUUCGCAAGAAAAGAUGAUUGAAUUCUAUCAAAAGUAUGCCGUAGAUGAGCAAUUUACACGGAAAUUGAGUAUUCAGGUACGAGGGAACAAAGAAGUCAAUGAAAAUGCUGAAGAACAAGAACAUUUACCGGAAAUUCUUAAACAUACAUUUGAUGUUCCUCAAGAGGAAAGCGCGCAAUGGAAGUAUGUGAAUGAUAUUGCAAAAUUCAGAAAUUCUUUAUUCCUCCAUCCUGCUCUCAAUAAAAAAUUAUCUUAAUUCA